CGUUGACACAUAUUGCUACUCGUGCGUUGUCUGAUCGCUUAAUUGACAAUUCUUUUGACACGCUUAACAAUAAACUUAUUUGUGGCAAAAGUACUUUAAAUUACUGUCAAAAUUGAGAAUAAAAUGAGAAGAACUCACACAAAUUAUGCCUAUGAACCAGUUCCAACUACAUCAAGUCACGAUGCCUUGGAAGAUGAGAAUGAAAGAAUGACAGAACACUUACAAGAUAAAAUUUAUGCUCUAAAGUCAUUAUCAAUUGACAUUGGCAAUGAAGUACAAUAUCAGGAGAAAAUGCUUCGAGGAAUGGAUGAAGAUUUUGAAAGGACAAGUGGUUCAUUAACAUCUUCAGUUACACGUGUUUUACGUUUAUCCAAAGGAAGUCAUGCUUAUUACAUUUUAUAUUUAAUGUUAUUUUCUAUAGUUGUGUUCUUUAUAUUGUGGGUUACAGUGAAAUUUUUGUAA